CUAGUGAUGCAGAGACGAAAUGGCUCUAGAGUUUGUAGGCUCUUUUUUCACGUUGCAAAACUUUCUUUGCCCUGUCUUUGGAAUCCCUAUUCCAUAUACCUCAACCGGCACAGCUGCUGGCAAGACGUUAAUGGGAGCUGCUGCAACUCCAAUUAUUGUAAAGGACAGCAGCUCUUUUGCCCUUCCCAUUACAUUCGAGGUGUUUUGGUGUCCGUCUAAACUUUAAAUCUGACAUUGUAAAAUUAGGUAUUUUUUUUUAAUUGGAGCCCGGAAUGCGUGCACCGCAUGGUGAUAUGCAUUAGUCUAUUUUCAUAUCUCUAUAACAUCACGAGUCCGGGCAUUUCUGGUCUUAAGGCGACCCCCUUCGUCCGGGAAGUGUGGCAGCUCUCGGGGCCGUUCCAGCCGCCAUCCUCUCUAUCAUCGCUCCGCCUAUUCGUCGGCCAUGAAUUCCGUUUUCGUUACCGUCGGCACCACCAGCUUCGACGACCUCAUUGUCGCCGUGACGACUCCCGAAGCGACCCAGGCUUUACAGGACCUCGGCUGUCGCAAGCUUGUCCUUCAGGUUGGCCGAGGCAAAGAGUGUCCAGAUUCAUUUAGCACAGCCACAUUUACUCUGGAAGUGUUCAGAUUCAAGAGCUCACUUUCUGAAGAUGUUAAAAAAGCAGAUCUGAUCAUAAGCCAUGCAGGAGCAGGCAGCUGUUUGGAAGUUUUGGAAGCUGGGAAACCUCUCUUGGUUGUGAUCAAUGACAAACUUAUGGACAACCAUCAGUUGGAAUUGGCCAGGCAGCUGCACAAAGAAGGACAUCUCUUUUACUGCACAAGCAGGACUCUUGUGGAGAUGCUUAAAUCAAUGGACUUGUCUACUCUGAAACCAUUUCUUCCUGGACAACCAGAAAAAUUUGCUGCAUUCUUGGACAGCGUGAUCAGCAGUUGUGCUCACCGCAGCCUCGCCUGCCUGCCUGCCUGCUUUUCCCCUACCUUGGCCAUGCAGAAGGGCUGGAAGAAGUACUUUGGCCAGAAGUCCCUCAGCGAGGUGACCAUGGAUGAGUACCUGGGUAGUCAGGGGCUCUACCGCAAGCUCACGGCCAAAGACGCCACUUGCCUCUUCCGGGCCAUUUCCGAGCAGGUUUAUGCUUGUCAGAUUCAUCACAUUGCAGUCAGAAAUGCUUGCGUUUCCUUCAUGAGGAAAAAUCAGAUAAAUUUUGAGUCUUAUGUGGAAGGCUCCUUUGAAAAAUACUUGCAACGACUUGGAAAUCCCAAGGAAAGUGCUGGACAACUUGAGAUCAGUGCCUUCUCAUUGAUCUAUAACCGAGACUUCAUUCUUUAUCGGCACCCUGGAAAACCUGCUUCUUACGCUACUGACAACGGCUUUGAGGAUAAGAUUCUACUGUGCUGUUCUAGCAAUGGUCAUUAUGAUUCUGUGUACACCAAACAAUUUCAAGCCAAUGCUGCAAUCUGCCAGGCUGUCCUUUAUGAAAUUCUAUAUAAGGAUGUCUUCAAAGUGGAUGAAGAAGAAUUGAAAACUGCCCUUGAGAUGUUUCGAAAUGGGGCUAAGAAAAACAGAAACAGUGCAUCUGUUGGCAGUGAAGAUGCAAAUUUUGAUUGCCUUCCUGACAGGGCAUCCAGAAAUGCUCCAGAAAAGAGAUUGGAAGACUGGGUCAGCUUUGAUUCGGCCCACCCAGCGGAGGAAAAAUGCAAGCAAGUCACAGAGGAAGGAAAGCCUCCUGAAAACCCAAGGAUGCCCUUUCCCUACAAAGUAUUGAAAGCUCUGGACCCUGAGAUCUAUCGGAAUAUAGAGUUUGAUGUUUGGCUGGAGAGCAGAAAAGAACUUCAAAAAACAGAUUACUUGGUGUUUGCUGGAAGACAGUACUAUUUAGGAGACAAAUGUCAGGUACGGCUAGAAACUGGGGGGAAAUAUUACAAUGCCCAUAUACAGGAUGUGGGACAGGAUAAUAUGGUGACCGUCUUCAUUGAAGAGCUGGCAGAGAAGCAUGUUGUUCCAUUGGUAAAUUUGAAGCCUGUGACUCAAGUCACUCCACUUCCUACCUGGAAUGUGAUGUCCAGCAGAAAAGGAGGAAGUUAUCAGAAGAUACCAGGUGGGUACACCCCAAAAAUAAUCCUUUCUUACAUGGAUAUGAAAGCACGGAAGAAACUGUUCAAGAAAGUGCAUGGAAAGGAAAUCUACAUGACUGUAGCUUACAGCAAAGGCCACCCUAUCCUGCCACCUCGGCUGCAGCAGAGCAUCACAUCAGAUCGCUCAUCUUUGGUCCACUGCUCCCCAAAUGGACAUAUAAAUCCAUAUGAUCAUUACCAUUUUCAGAAUUCACCGAGAACCGGCCGGGGAUACGGAGUGUCGAGGGGAUCUGCCCGAUUUAUAAACAGGAACAACAUCACUGGGCCAGAAAUAGCAUUUUAUCCUAGUCCAGGAAAGAGAUGUUAUCAGAGCUAUGAUAACUUCUCAUAUAGAUCACGUUCAUACAGCCGUAGUCACAGCCAGAUGCAAUGUGUAAAUAAAGAGUCCCAGUAUGGAUUUUCACCUGAGAAUGGGGCGGAACCUCAAGGUGUAGAAGAAACCAUGGCUUUCUAUGAGAUUGAAGAAGGGGAUGAUGCCAAUUUUCCAGCUUUACCUAAUCGAGGUAACUCAGCUCCGAUAGUUCCUGCUCCUGCAGGAUUCUGGGUGACAAAAAGGACUUCAAACUCCAUCCCCCCAAACAAGCCAGGGCUGAAUAAUUCUGAAGAAGAAGUAGAGGAACCAACUGAUACUGUGCACUUACCCUCUGCUUUUCAAGGAGAAUACCAUGAAGAUUAUCUGUAUACUCCUCCAGAUCCAGAGUGCAAAACAACCACAGUAUUUAAUGCAGCUGAAUCUACUGCAAAUUUGUCUUUGCAGGAUGCAGGAGCAAAUUGUGUCUCUUCUCAGGAAGCAGCUACCUCCUACAGUUACUCUCAGAAGCUCAUGGUAAAUUCUGCCAUUAUAUCCAGCUCUUCCUGUGUGAAUACAGCUCCAGCCACCAUUUUUUCCUCCAGCUGCAGUGCUUCAACUCAAGUCACUAUCACUGCAUCUGCUCCCCAGAAUGCUGUGCCACCGAUCUUAGUAACCUCUUCUCUAGGAAGGCCAGUUGUGUCAGUGUAUCAGUCACCUCCCCUUCCUCCUGCCAGUGAUGUGGGGGGAAAUGGCAAUGUUACACCCCCUUAUUCUUGUGAUCCGAGUGGAAGUGACCUGCCUAGAGAUCCAAAGGUUUUGCAGUAUUAUUUUAAUUUGGGCUUGCAGUAUUACCACCAGACCUACUGGAACCCCGUGAUGUAUGUACAGCAAUCACCGUCACCACCACCUCAUGUGGAAACCUACCAGACCUAUUCAGAGCAAGUCUCUGUGGUUGAUUCAUCAGCACCUCUGCCUUACAAUGAAAGUCAGCCUUAUCUAAUUGUGGGAUUCAUCUGCUGUGCCUUAGCCAUCCCAGAAUCCUCUUCACCUUCUGGAACUGUCUAUUACCCUGUGGUAACAGACACAUACACCCCGUCUCCUGUGCCAGGAUAUGAGUCUUGUGUCUCAUUUGUGCCUGCAUACCACUGCAUCAGUUCUUGGUAUCCAGUCAAUGCAUCCUAUGGGAACUCAGCUCGAAUCCAUAACAAUAUCAAUCCCAGCCAUUUCCACCAGGUUAACUACGUCACCUCAUCCACCUCACCGCAACCACAUUGUAUAGCUCAAAGCAUGUAG